CUAGCGGAAGUCGGUGCGUGACCGUCAACUCAGCAGACAUUUUGGGCAAAAUAGGGGAGGACUUGCAAAUUUCUCCCUUUAUUAGCGCAGCAAGACAAGAUCCUUGUUAAACUGCAGCUAAUCACAUUUUACCUUCAUCAUGUGGUAUGAAAUAUUGCCCGGAUUUGCUAUAAUGACGGUUUGUUUGAUCGUUCCUGGAGUGGUCACUACUCACAUACAGAAACUGACUAACGGUGGAAAGGAGAAGAGAAUCGCUAGAGUUCCUUACCAGUGGUACUUGAUGGAGAGAGACAAGCGGGUGUCAGGGACUGGACUGUAUUACCAGUCAAAGGGACUUGAAAACAUUAAAUGAAGAUCAUGCCAUACCCCUGCCCCUGUCCAAAAGUUUUGCAAUGUGCAUUUUGACCAACCAUCUAUUAAAAUAAUUUAUAUAUAUUA